AUGGCCUCGAUACUUCGAGGGAUACGGAGGGCUGCUCCCCGUCUGUCCCUGCCCCAGGACUUCUUCGUAUGCCAGCAGUGCAUAAGCCAGGCACGCCCAGCCGUGAGACAUGUCAAGCUCCCCAUAAAGCCGAGUGUAUCACAGGCCAGCCCAAUACGCUUCAGUAGCAGUGCAGCAGGAAUUUCCCCAAAUGCCGGUGCCACACUUAAGGCAGCUUCGCCGUUGGGAUCUCUCAGCAAGACCAUCUCCGAGAAAAGUACAGAACUAGAAGGGCGCGCGCGAGAGGCCUCGGGAAAUAAAUUCUUCCCGGACACAUCGUCCUCGUCCGUGGCAUAUUGGCUCUUAGCAAGCGCGGGGAGCGUCUUUGGGAUUGUGGUCUUUGGGGGCCUCACACGAUUGACUGAGUCGGGUCUAAGCAUCACAGAGUGGAGGCCAGUAACAGGCUCUCUACCUCCUCUAUCCACAUCAGAUUGGGACUCGGAAUUCGAGAAAUACAGAGCCUCCCCCGAAUCCAAGCUUCUCAAUGCUCACAUGACCCUCGAAGAAUUUAAAAAGAUAUACUGGAUGGAAUGGGGCCAUCGACUCUGGGGACGAUUCGUCGGUCUAUCCUUCGUCCUCCCUGCCAUAUACUUCGUCUCCCGGCGCAGAGUUUCAGCCAACAUGUCGCUUCGACUUCUAGGAAUAUCGGGUCUCAUAGGAUUCCAAGGCUUCCUAGGGUGGUACAUGGUGAAAUCAGGACUGAAAGACGACCUUUUUGCGCCUGGCUCCCACCCUCGAGUCAGCCAGUACAGAUUGACGGCCCAUCUGGGCGCAGCUUUCGUCUGCUACGUGGCGAUGCUCUGGAACGGAUUGAGUAUCCUCCGCACCAACAGCCUCCUUUCGCAUCCAGCACGCGGCCACGCCCAACUCCAACACCUCUCAUCCUCAACCCUCUCCAUAUUCCGAAAAUCAGUUGCAGGACUCGCCAUCCUCGUCUUCGCAACCGCCAUGUCCGGCGGCCUAGUAGCAGGCUUGGACGCCGGGAUGAUCUACAACGAAUUUCCACGCAUGGGCACUGGCCUUGCGCCGCCGAAGUCAGAAAUUUGGUCCAGCUUCUACUCUCGCCGAGAAGACGGAAGUGACUUGUGGUGGCGAAAUAUGCUAGAGAAUCCGUCUCUCGUGCAACUGGAUCAUCGUAUUCUAGCUACCACUACGUUCACGGCUAUCUUAAGCUUAUGGGCGUACUCGCGCUUUAACCCGCGUGUUCGUGCCGCUUUGCCUAACACGUGUCGCAAGGGCAUGUUGGGCGUUGUCCAUUUGGUCUUCAUGCAGGUCGCCUUGGGCAUUAGUACUUUGAUUUAUCUUGUUCCUUUACCCUUAGCAGCUAUGCAUCAGGCGGGUAGCUUGGCGCUCUUGACUGGUGUUUUGGUUCUGGGGAACAGGGCAUGGAUCCCGAAGCGUACAUGGAAACUGGUGCAGAAGCGGAUUAAGGUAGUUGCUGAUGCCGGGUUGGGAGGUUCUAGGCAUGUAAUGGGAGGGCGUGGCAAAGGAUUGAAAGCUGACGUGAUAAGCUUAAGGGCGGAAAUGAAGAGGCAUGGGCCGCCUACUUCAUGA